AUGGAUUUUGAUGAGCGCGUGCCCUGCUCGUCUAACAUGUAUUUGCCCAGUUGUACUUACUACGUCUCCGGUCCUGAUUUCUCGAGCCUCCCUUCUUUUUUGCCCCAAACCCCGUCUUCUCGCCCCAUGACAUAUUCCUAUUCGUCCAACCUCCCCCAGGUACAACCUGUAAGAGAAGUGACCUUCCGGGAGUACGCCAUUGAGCCCUCCAGUAAAUGGCACCCCCGGGCCAACCUGCCCCACUGCUAUUCCGCAGAGGAGCUCAUGCACAGGGAAUGCCUGCCCGCCUCCGGCAGCGCGAGCGUGGGCGACAUGCUGGCCAAGAACUCCGCCAACGUCUACCACCACCCCAGCACCACGGGCACCUCGUCCAAUUUCUAUAGCACGGUGGGCAGGAACGGGGUCCUGCCCCAGGCUUUCGACCAGUUUUUCGAGACUGCCUACGGCCCCCCGGACAACUUGACCACCGCCUCCUCCUCCGACUACCCGGGGGACAAGGGCGCGGAAAAAAUGCCCCCGGCGGCCGGGGCGGCGGCGGCUGCUGCAGCAGCCCCGCCAACUUCAAGUUCGGACGCCGGCGGCGGUGGCUGCGGCAGGGAGAAUGCGGCGGCGGCGGCGGCGGCCGCCGCAGCCGAAGAGAAAGAAAGGCGCCGGCGGACUGAAAGCAGCAGCAGCCCGGAGUCAUCUUCCGGCAACAAUGAGGACAAAUCCAGCGGCUCCAGUGGCCAGCGGACCCGGAAAAAACGUUGCCCCUACACGAAAUACCAGAUUCGGGAACUUGAGAGAGAAUUCUUCUUCAGUGUCUAUAUUAACAAGGAGAAGCGUCUACAGCUCUCUCGCAUGCUCAACCUGACCGACCGCCAAGUCAAAAUCUGGUUUCAGAACAGACGCAUGAAAGAAAAAAAAAUUAACAGAGACCGAUUACAGUACUACUCUGCCAACCCGCUACUCUAA